AUGAGCUUGCAUUACACGCAACAACACCGCGCCAUGGGCGAGCGCCGGUUGCAUCACUCCGAGAUGCGCCAAAAAGCUAAUCUGCGUGAUACCUUCUUCGGCCUCAAGAGCGAGCCGCAAGACCGUCCCAUCUCCGUCGCAACAGAGUUUGUCGAUACGGAUUGGGACGAAGAAAUCAUCAGUGAGGCGGAAGACAACUCACCACGCCACAGCGUUAAUUCGUCUGGUGGCCAGCCGAGUAUCACUACGCUCUCUUCUUACGAUGAGGUGCCAACGCCAAGGUCAAGUCAAAGUCGCGUGGGCUAUCUCGAGGGGAUAUCGCCACAGGCCGUUGAGGGUCCUAGGGGGCCGCAUCUGUUCCGCAGCUCAACGACGCAUUCCUUUGAGGAGGAGGCCAUCCUGACACUGUCGCCCAUCACGCCAAAGACGGCGCUUCCCUUCAGUGAGAGCAUGCACUUUAUGAUGCAUGAGCCUCUCCCGACUGUCCAGUCCCUGCCAACACGACGUCGCAGCAGCCCCACUGCGCGCUUCACCACGGCCGAACUGGACUCCUCGAACCUCCUGCCCUGGACCCCCGAAAUGGUCGCGCAGUCGAUGCUCAAUGCUGGCAUAGAGUACUCGGUCGCCGAGCGAUUCGUUCAGAAUGACAUCAACGGUGCCAUUCUCAUUACCCUCAAGUUCGAGGACCUGAAGGAGCUCGACAUUCCCUCCUUUGGCAUGCGCCACAAUGUUUGGCACCAGAUCCAGAACCUGCGCGACAGCGGACCGAGUUCUCCGAGGGCGCCGACACCCAUUCAAGACGAGCCGAGCCGCGAGUGA